AGACAGCGAGGGGGGCCGCCAUGGAAGACUGAAGCAGCCCACCCCCCACUUCGUGUGGCAUCGCCCCCCCUCCCUUCCCAGAGGAAACAUCUGGACCCAAGUCCCGCCCCACCCACCUCCCCGCGCGAGGACUGCAAGGACACGCCAGGCACAGAAGGGGUGGCGGUGGAGCCGGGGGCGGGGGGGACCAUCCAGAGGGUCCCCCCCAAGGAGAGCAUGUGCUGAGCGGCUCCCCUCCGUGGCAGUGCAGCCAGUGAUGGUGCCCAGCACCCCUGACGAUGCCCCAGAGCCCCGAAACAAGUGCGGAGGAGGAGGAGCACCUCUCCCAGUGCCCCGAGGGGGAAUCGGGCUCGGAGAGCUCCCACGAGGGGCCCAGCCCCCCGGCCAGCCCUGCUAACCCUGCCCACAAUCACUCCAUGUCGGUACCUGAGGACGCCCACUUCAGUAUGAUGGUCUUCCGAAUUGGUAUUCCCGACCUUCACCAGACGAAAUGCCUGCGUUUCAAUCCCGACGCAGCCAUCUGGGUGGCAAAGCAACAGAUUUUGUGUACACUCAAUGAAAGCCUCAAGGACGUGUUGAACUAUGGGCUCUUCCAGCCAGCCACCAAUGGGAGGGAUGCCAAGUUCCUGGAUGAAGAGCGCCUCUUGCGCGAAUACCCACAGAGUUUUGAGAAAGGAGUACCUUACCUAGAGUUCCGCUACAAGACCCGUGUUUACAAGCAAACAAACCUGGACGAGAAGCAGCUGGCAAAGCUCCACACGAAGACGGGGCUGAAGAAGUUCCUGGAGUACGUGCAACAUGGAGCAGCUGAGAAAGUGGCGCGACUCCUGGACAAAGGGCUGGACCCCAACUACCACGAUUCGGACUCUGGCGAGACCCCUUUGACGCUGGCUGCCCAGUUGGACGGAACCGUCGACGUGAUCCGGCUGCUGUGCCUGGGCGGAGCCCACAUAGACUUCCGGGCAAGGGACGGAGCGACAGCGCUGCACAAGGCUGUCUGCUCCCACCACUACGCGGCCCUGAUGGCACUCUUGGACCUGGGAGGCUCACCAAAUUAUAAGGACCGCCGUGGGCUGACUCCGCUCUACCACACAGCCAUGGUUGGGGGUGACCCACGCUGCUGUGAGCUGCUGCUCUAUAACCGGGCCCACAUUGGCACGACUGAUGAGAAUGGUUGGCAGGAGAUACACCAGGCCUGCCAGCACGGAAACUCCCAGCACCUGGAGCACCUGCUGUUCUAUGGCGCUGAGCCAGGGGCACAGAACGCAUCUGGGAAUACAGCGCUACACAUCUGCGCGCUCUACAACAAGGAGAGCUGUGCCCGCAUCCUGCUAUACCGGGGAGCAAACAAAGAGAUCAAGAACAACCAUGGCCAGACGGCAUUCCAGGUUGCAGUCAUUGCAGGGAAUUUUGAGCUGGGAGAGCUGAUCAAGAGCCACCGGGACUCAGAUGUGGUCCCCUUCCAGGAGACCCCACAAUAUGCCAGCCGUCGCUGGGAUGGGUCCCAGAGCCUGACGGUGCCGCAUACCUUGUUGCGAGCCAACAGUGACACCAGCAUGAACCUUCCAGACUGGAUGCUUUAUGCCCCUCCGACCUCCUCAUCUACCACGGUGGCUGUGCAGGGCCAGAAGAUCACCACAGGAACCCUGCGGAGUUCCAGCAGCCCCCGUGGUGCUCGCAGCCGCUCUCCAUCACGUGGCCGCCACACCGAUGAGGCCAAAAAACAGCGCGGCCGACCCAGCUCCAGUGGCUACCAGAAGGAAGCAGCUGGAGGCAGCACGCUGAGUAGCCGGGGAGUGAAGCGGAAACUCUAUUCGGCUGUGCCUGGCCGCACAUUCAUGGCUGUGAAACCAUACCAGGCCCAGGCCGAGGGUGAGCUCUCCAUCAGCAAGGGCGAGAAGAUCAAGGUGCUAAGUGUUGGGGAAGGCGGCUUCUGGGAGGGGCAGGUAAAGGGCCGUGUGGGCUGGUUCCCCUCAGACUGUGUGGAGGAAGUGCCCAACAAGUCACAGGAUGGGAAGCAAGAGAGCCGCAGUGACAAAGCCAAGAGACUCUUCAGGCACUAUACAGUUGGCUCCUACGACAGCUUUGAUGCCCCAAGUGACUACAUCAUUAAAGAGAAGACGGUGCUGCUGCAGAAGAAGGACAACGAAGGAUUUGGCUUUGUGCUGAGAGGGGCCAAGGCGCAGACCCCCAUUGAGGAGUUCACACCCACACCUGCCUUCCCUGCCUUACAGUAUCUGGAGUCAGUGGAUGAAGGAGGCGUGGCUUGGCGAGCUGGCCUCCGCAUGGGAGAUUUCCUCAUUGAGGUCAAUGGACAGAAUGUGGUGAAAGUUGGUCAUCGGCAGGUUGUCAACAUGAUUCGGCAGGGCGGCAACAACCUGAUGGUGAAAGUUGUCAUGGUAACACGGAACCCAGAAAUGGAGGAGGCCAUGAGGAAGAAAGCUGCACCACAGCAGACAAGACGACUGCCCCCUCCAGCCAUCUCCUUGCGUUCCAAAUCCAUGACAUCUGAGCUGGAAGAAAUGGUGGAAAAAGUCUCCCCCUGGAAGAAGAAAGCAGAUUAUGAGCCAGCGCUGGGGACCGAUAAGAAGCGGACUGUCUAUCAGAUGGCUUUGAAUAAAUUGGAUGAGAUCCUGGCAGCAGCUCAACAGACUAUCAGCGUAGGUGAUGGGUGUGGAAGUGGAGGUCUCCCUUCCCUGGGAAAGUCCCGGGGCACUGUCAAGAACUAUUUCUCAUCUGAGCCUGGUUUUGAGCAGCACCAUCUUGGCCAGCCCAGUUACGAGCGCCCAUCAUACCUACCGACGAGUCAUCCCCCAGGCAUGAUGCUCCGCCAGAAAUCCAUUGGAGCGGCUGAAGAUGAGAAGCCCUACCUCGCUCCCCCUCCCAUGAAGUUCAGCCGCAGCCUUUCAGUCCCUGGUUCCGAUGACAUUCCCCCACCUCCCACCACUUCCCCACCUGACCCCCCGUACAGCACCUCUCCCUCAGCAUCUGGACGUGUUACCCCCUCAGCCCGCUCAACCUUCAACCCCAGCGCUGAGGCCAAGUUAUAUUCGGCUUCUCUGCACCAGGAGCCGCUGUACGAGCCAUCCCCCCGUGCCCGUGACAAGAUGUCUCUGUAUCGCCAAGAGUCUGAGCAGGGGGCCGAGGGGUCCACGGCCCGGGGCUGGCGGGGACACACCCCCGACCUGCGCUACUACAACCUCCCCCCGCGGGCCACCAACACUGCUAUGUACGUUCCCACUAAGCCUAUGCGCCGGAAGGGGCCGCUGGUCAAGCAGACCAAAGUGGAGGAUGAACAGCGUCAGCAGCAGAGUGGUGCCGCCACCUCCCAGGUACAGCCUUCGGCUUCACAGGCCCCGUCAACCAUCCCACCUGAGAAGAGCUCUAUCCCCAUCCCCACCAUCAUAAUCAAAGCUCCUUCGACCAGCAGCAGCGGGCGCAGCAGCCAAGGGAGCAGCAUGGAGGCGGAGAGCCAACCAGAGCCAGCCGUGCCUGUCCCAUCCCUCCAGCUCCACAAUAGUAUGGAUUUCACCAGCCAAUUUGGGGCUGCAUUGGUUGGGGCUGCCCGACGCGACCGCGAGUGGUACAGCGAGGCCCGUCGCAAGUCCGCCCUCUUCCUUUCCACCGAACAGCCGGACGAUGAGUCCCAGCAGGCACCUGUGCCCCGUCUCCGCCACUCCAAAUCCAUUGAUGAAGGCAUGUUCUCCAGCGAGCCAUAUAUCCAGCUCAACAUGGCACCCGGCUUUGGCGCUAGCAGUAGUAGCGGAAGCACCUCUGCUUAUCUCCAGUCACGGGCCGCUAAAGCGUACGGAGCCAGCACCACCAGCGCCUUCACCUCUGUGUGCUCCAGUUUCCUGCCACAACUUCAGCCCCAUUCAACACCUCUCAUUCACCCACUAACUGGCAAGAUUUUGGAUCCUGGAUCCCCCCUGGGAUUGGCAUUAGUGGCACGGGAGCGGGCCUUGAAGGAGUCCCAGUCCCAGCAGGAGAGCCGAGACGAGAGGCACUCGCGCCCAUCCUCACCGCGGUUUGGAGAGGUUCCUAAAACCACGGAGUCUCCUGGCAACUCCAUUCUGCGCCUCUGGGGGACGCCAGAGCAGCAGCAGCACCAGCGGCCUGCAUCGCCACGGAAGGAGCAGGAGAGCCCCCGGCAUCACUCACCUGAGCAGCAGCCGCCAGCCUCAGCCAAAGCCGCGCCUUGGGAAAAACGGCCGGAGGAAGGAGAAAAGCUGGAGUUGCACGUGCGCUUCGUGGAGAACUGCCGCCCGACGGAGGAGGAGGAAGGUAGUCACGAGGGCGGGAAAGUCGAGGUCGCUGCAGUGCCACCAGAGCGUGCUACUGAGGAAAACGGGCUUCCGUUGUUAGUGUUGCCACCACCUGCCCCUUCCAUUGAUGUCGAUGAUGAGUUUGUCUUCACAGAGCCUCUCCCACCACCCCUUGAAUUUUCCAAUAGCUUUGACAAGCCUGAGUCUCCCCCUAAAGCUGCCAAUGAACUGCCCCCAGCAAUGGCCCCGCCAGCCGCUCCCCCCGCCCCUGCCACCUUAGACUCCACUGCCUCCAGCUUGACCUCCUAUGACAGUGAGGUGGCCACCCUGACCCAAGCCGGAGCUGCAGAGACCAAGGAAGCCCCUCACGUCAACUUCUCUUCUGUUGUCUCAUCCAUUGCCAUCCCUGCAGCAGAGGCCCCCGAAGCCGUGACCGACUCGGGGAUCGAGGAGGUGGACAGUCGGAGCAGCAGUGACCACCAUUUGGAGACGAUCAGCAGCGUCUCCACGCUGUCCAGCAUGUCUGGGGAAGGCACAGAACUCUUGGACACCUACAUCACCUAUCUGGAUGGGCAGGCUUUUGGGGGAAGUGGCGGAGGAAGUGGCAGCGGGGGUGGGGCGGAGAAGAGCCCGCUCCAGACCAAGCUCCGCUCCCGGCCGUUCCCAGGCCGCUUGCCGGUGGCUACCCCCACCAGCUCCACCAUCUCAGUUUCAGCAUGUACAGAGAACAUGUUUGCCCUCACGCCCGCCCCACCCUACCACCAGCAGCCAGCAGCCAAUGAGCCCGGCAAAGAGCUGCAACGGAAAUCUCCGACGCUGCCAUGGGAGGAGCCCAAGGCCUCGCCCAUGUCCACCAUGAAGGCCAGCAUCAUCAGCGAGCUGAGCACCAAGCUACAGCAGAUGGGUGGUGUGUCGUGGUCACGGCCGCCUGACGCAGUGGCUUCCUUCGGUUCUGAGAGGCCCAGCUCUCUGCAGAGGCAAAGGCUCCCAGACGAGACAUCCCCAUCACUGAUCUCCUCCAAGCCCGUAAGCAGCCUUUUCCACAACUGGCCUAAGUCCCCCCAGGGCAAGCACCCCAAAAGCGUGGAGUUUGACAUCCGCCCGGCCCUGCGACGUGCCCCAAGCCCAGCUGCCCUGCCCAGUGAGCACAAGAUUAGCCCCGCCCCUAGGCCGUCCUCCCUUCCCAUCCUGCCUUCUGUGCCCAUAUACACCGGCGUCUUCGAUCUCCGUGGCUCGCCCACUUCUGGGGGCGAGCACCCUUUCCCCGGCUUCCCCUCGGGCAGCCGCUCCCUCUCUCCGACCCACUUCCUGCCGCCAGCCACGGACAAGCCGUUUGGCUCCAAGCCGCUGCCUUUCUGGACCAAGUACGACGUGGCCGAUUGGCUGGAGUACCUGAAGCUGGGGGAGCACCGCGACCGGUUCCUGGACAAUGAAAUUGACGGCUCCCACCUGCCGUCCCUCACCAAGGAAGAUUUCAUUGACCUGGGCGUGACGCGAGUUGGGCACCGCAUGAACAUCGCCCGUGCCCUCAAGUUCUUUCUGGAGAGGUGAUGGGGGAGCCGCCCUGCCCCCCGGGAAGCCUCUCGCCUGAAUGUACACUGGACCUCCACCACUGGGGAGAGAGAAAAAACAGGAGGUGGAGGGGUUGCAGCUGUGGGGCUGGGCACAGGGGAAGCUGCAAGGAGAGACCCUGUGGGUGAGGGUAGAGUGGGGAAUCCCCCCCUCGUUGGCAGAGAGGUACUUGGAGAAGCCCACCAAAGCCUGUCUGGGCACCCGCACAGGUGUGCCCUUUUUCUCUUGCGUUGCCACGUAGCAAUUUGCCAUUCCAUUUCUCUUGACUGCUGCUGACCCCGGCGCUGGUGUGUGAGCGCUUGUGUCUGUGGUAUCCCUUCCCAGCUUUCCAUUCUCUCAUUGGCCCAGCAGCUCGCUUCAGCACCCUUGUUUGCCUGCACGGCUAGUAUCCAUCAUUCAGCUAUAAAGCAGCCUGCAACUGUGUGCACACACAUCCGCCAUGUUACGUAUUGUCCCUUAUUUUGCACUUGCUUUUCAGCUCAGUGGUGUGCACAUUAACUCAUCCAGCCAUUUAACAGUUUGCCCUGCGCAUCUUCACAAUUACCAGGGUUGUUAUGUACUCUGCAUUCAAAACAAAACAAAAAACCUCCCAAAAAAAAAGAAAAGCUAAAUCCAGUUAUCUAUCUAAAUUCUGCAAAUUUUCAGAUAUGUGCCUGUUUUGCAAAAUAGGUUAUGCUUUGGGAGGACCAGUGAUCCCCUGGAUCAUUGGAAAUAUCCGUGAGUUGAGUCUCCUCCAUCCCCCCGCAAGCCACCCCGGCUUUCCGCCUGCAUUAUCCAUACACAUGGAGGUCAUUCACACAAUCAGGAAAGGAAAACCUGGGUAGAAAUGGUGUGGAAGCAUGGGAGGAGGAAAAGCUACCCAGGUUUUCCUCUUAACUUGCUUCCACACAACUUAAAAUUGGGAGUACACACAACUCCCAAACCCGGGUAGAACACAUUUUUUGAUAUUGUGAAUGACCUCAUUCUGGCUUAUCUUCACAGCCUUAAGGGCUAAAGACUUGCUUCCUGUGUUUAGAUGAAAAGAGGUUCUCAGGAUGCAGAAUUCUGCACCCAAUACUGAAAGAUGUGCUUUCACAAAAGCCAAAGAAUACACAGCCCUGACUUACCGGAGCAUUACUUACAGUAGUAUUAUGCUGAUACCUCUGCCCAUCAUGCUCUGUGUUAUGGUUUCUGCUAGUGAUUUUCAGUGGGUUAGAAGGGACCACUUUGGUUAAAAAAAUCUUGUCUGUGUGAGAACAAUUCCCCACAUUUCUGACCCCUGUGAGUGCUGCACUUUCCUCAGUGCCAGGAGGGUCAGGGGGCUUGUCAGGCCUAAGUGCCAUCUUAGAAGGCGUGCAAUGACUGCUGGGAAGUGUAGUUCUUCCCAGAGCUCCAGGUACUUCUUUCCAAGCUGGCACUGGGACUCAAGAAAGUUUUGUUUCCCUAAGGGGCCCCAGCAGCACUGGGGAAAGCACAGCACUGCAUAGUGGGCAUUGUUGCCUCUUCACUGUGCCAGGGAAGCUGUGCAGUAGGGGGCCAUACUUGAGACCAUUGGUCCCCCGGGCCUGCAACCAAGAUCACUGGUUUAUGCAAAUACACAAGAGUUCUCCUCUCUGGCUAUACCAUUUUGGUUCCCUAACCUUGGGUGAGUCACAUGACCCUCUUGGGUCAGCAGGAUGUUUGUUGGGCCUAGUGGUGAGCGUUGGCCCCCUGGUGACACCCUUGGCUGGUUAAUUCACCUGGCAGGCAGCUCACAAAGCCUGACAGUGGAACACCUGAGCCAAGACUGGAAUUGUGUAGUUGCUGCUUCCCUGUGGCCAGAUCCAGAUCCAGAGUGGGAAUGUUUAAAAGGUCCAACUCACUUGGUGUUCAAUCACUAGCAUUGGUUGCCUGGAUUGAGACAGGGAGAUGCUGGCCCCGGUUGCCUGUGUCUGCCUGUGCCAUGUGAUUUCCACAGAAUGGGAUCCGGCCACAAAGCAUCCACCAUACUGCUCUGGGACUGUGCAGAUAGGCUCGCUGGGGAACAUGCAGUGGCUUGAGAUGGUUUGAUGAAACCUAACAGGCGGGAUAGUUUGCAGUCUGAGCUCGUUAGGCAGCGAUUGGUCACAGAUGCAGCCUCCCAAGUCCUGCCGCCCAACAAAAGGGACUCAGGUGAGAUGUGUGAAGGGGCAGGCUUGCCUCAGUCUGUAUCUGUGCCUCCAGGGCCUUAGGCAGAUUGUCACACACACACACACCCAUAGCCUGGUGAGCAGCAGUUUGCAACAGUGCACAUGCUUGUGUGCCCACCCAGUCAAGCAACAGCUUUUAUAGUUUGCUUCCUAAGCUGAACAUCAUGAAAUGAUUCUGGCCACAUUGCUUCUUACUGAGCAGCCUCUGGGUUUCAGGACUCCUACCAGAAAGCCCACACUGGAUCCAUUUGGCCCGUAGGCCAUUUCAUGGGGUGCACUAGCUGUGUUUCUAGGCUGCCGCAGCCUGGUUGGUUUGGUCUAGUCCAUAUAAGUCAGGUGAGAGGCUGAGUCUGCAUGUGGAACGGGGUUGGACCAGACAGCUGGUCAUUCCCAUUUCAAAUUUGCGUUUGUAGCAGAACAUGUGCAUGUACACCCAGUGCACACUUCAAUGUAGGCAUGACGUCCUGGCGAGAUGGUGAUGUUCACCCUCUGCAUUUGCAAAUCUGACUGCAAACAACUUCGCACCAAGCACUGCACAGCCAGUCUCUGGAAUUGUGCUGUGCGCUCGCUUGUAUGCAGCCUUCCAGGGAAGGGAUUGGCCUACCUCCAUGUACCUGUAUUAGUCAUUUGUGAAACAUUAGCAGCCUAAGCAGGAAAUAACCCAACCUCUAACAGUUUGCACAGGUUUCUCUGCCUGGGCACUUGGAAGUGGCUAAUUACAGUCUUGUUUAUAUCUUCUGUACUGCUUGGGAAACUGGCUGGUACUGUCUGCUUUGAAACAGGUGGAUCUCAUAGUUCACGCCAGAUCCUGGCAGGGGAAACAGUUGCACCUAGCAUUCUGUUUGCUUUUCAUUAACCUGUCAGUCUUUUAUGCUUUACCAAAAAACCCCAUUCUAAGCAGCUAAUGAAUUUCAAAUAUAGAGAAAAGAUUAAAUCUAAGUUAAAUCAUAUCUAGUCUAAGAAGAUGACAACAAAACAGUAGUCAGAACAGCAGUGAGAUCUUGUAGUCAAAACACAAGAGAAUGCAGGGAAACUGUAUAUUUUUAAAAUGGCACUGCAACUUUUAAUUCAGGCUAAUUUUAAAGCCCCACCUCAAAUGCCUUCUGAGACUGGAAGAUUUUCAAAAGGCCAGGAACAAUGGAACUGAACAAGCUUUCCAGAGAAGAAUGUUUGGAGGAGGAAGAGCCUGAGAAGGCCUUAUCCUGCAUGCUUGUGAGGGGAAUAGAGCACAAAGCUUCAUCCAAAGAUGAUCACUCUCGUUUCUAUCACAGAGUACCUGCAACCCUGGCUGUAGCAGUGCAAACACAAUUCCUUCCUGGGUGUGGUUUGUUCAUCUCCCCAUGCUUGCUGUUAUGCUCCAGCUCACAUUUUGCAUACUCAGGUUCUGCCAAAAGUUUCAUUUGCCCUCAUUUUAGCAGCGAACCCCACUCCACCUCCAUGUGCACCUGUGACGCAUAUACCUGUAUUUCCAGAACAAGGAGAUGAGAGGUUUGCCGCCCCCCCCCCCCGAGAUGUUAGGGGGCCUCUCGAUGUUCCUCUGCCAGAAGGGUAGGAUGGUAAACAUUCCAGCCCCACAAGGUCAGCAAGCACUCUGGGGCUGGAUGAAAGGGGACAGAAUUAGAAUGCAAUUUCAGUGGGUGCUCCCACCCUGGGUCUCUCCUGUCUCCUUCAUCAGCAUCAUCAUGUGCUCUCAUCACCCCUGACCCCGAGGGAGAGGGGUCUUGGAUACUGACCAUAUCUGUGCUGUGGACGGAGCACACACACCCCCAUCCCCCAAUGCUCAGCUGCCAAAGAAACAAGAGCCCAGCAUAUCAGGGGGUGCUCCAGAAUUGGCCCUCCCUCACUGCAGCCAUUUUGGACACCAGAACCCCGGUGCGCAGACUGCUUUUUUUCAUUCCCAAGACACAGGCGGGGGGGGGGGGGGCUUCUCACCACCACUUGUUUUGCUGGGAUCCUCUGUGAUGCUCCGUCCAAGGGGAGGUGAAGGGGGGGGACUCCUUGACCACCUCACCCCAAUCUCCACGUCAGGGAUUAUGAGCUGUGGGGAAGUGUGCGGGGACUCCUACUCGGACUGUAAGGCCUUGUGGCUGGCCCCAUCUGACCACUUCACCUGCGCUGUGACUCUCUAGAUCUACACUAGCUGCCGCCACCACCCCGCCACAACUGUGCCAUGCAGCUGACUUCCCCUCUCGCUCCUCCAAACUGUAGUUCUGUGCCAUACAGCAAAGUCCUCCCCUUCCCACAGCCGUUCAACAUGUGGCGUAGCACGCUGCUUCUCUGAGCCACACCACGUUUCUGUACUACGUGGCUCCCAUCACACCUGUGCCCAUGCUCCAUGUUGGGUGACCUUGCCCAUCUGAUCGCCUGUCAAGGCCAGGAAUCAAUGUACCCUUCCCUUUUCAUGACCACAAGAUUAACCCAGGCAUGCAAAAAAAAAAAAAAAUCUAAAAAAAGAAAAAUCUGGUGGUAGGCCCCAGGCAAAUAAAAGUUUACGUGGGCAGCCAGGAUAUUUCACAGAACCUUAAGAAGUUUCAGCUUUGCUUUUAUUAAACGAAGGUGGAUUUCUAGCCCUCGCGGCUGAGAAAUGCAGGAAUAUAUAUCUCUCUAAAUCUAUGACUUUACUCAAACAAGAUCAAGACUGCAAGCAGUCGUGGCCGCUAGGGGGAGCUCCUGUGGCAACAACCAUAUUCCUCAGCAAGCGCUCCAUUGCUCACAGCUUAGCUCGUGAGGAUAGGAGAGGGCUGACACAUCGGUGUAGGCAACAUUCCCUAGAGGGGCAUGGCUGCCUACAGCUUAAGGAAGAGACAGGGGGCGGGCUUGGGUUCAGGGGGCCUCAGGAGUGUAGGGGGGAGGCAGAAAUCACUAGGCAGAAGGUGCAGUUUUGAGGGGGUGAUGGCAGAGGCCGCUGGUGAGGAGCAGGUAGGCUGAAGCAGGGUGAGAAAAGAAACCAGCCGGCAGCCAUUUUGAUGGAAGAGUCUGGACACAAGGGCAAAAGGAUGAAGGGCUCCACAAAUGUCAGUGGUGGCGGCUAGUUUGCACUUGCGCCCCAGGUAAUGUUGGACAAGUAGGCUCCUGGAUGUUUUGGGCAGAGUCGCGUGCAUCCAACCAAUUUGCAUGGCUGGGUUAACCCUUCCAGUGCCAUGGCUCUGUGCCACGUGGCUGUUUGUGCCUCCCUCUCAGGAUGCCUCUUGCCACGUAACGAUCCCCUCGCCCAUCCCUGUGGUGCCCCCUCUUUGGUUUUUGCCACAUCCUGACAUGCCACAUGGCUACUCCCACUGUGCCUCCAAAGCCACAACUCUUUACUGUGUGGCCUCGCCCUGUCCCAGUUCCAGACACGUGGCAGCCGCCUGCCCCUCCACACCCCAACAGCCACCAACACCACAUUGUAGUGCCACGUGGCGAACUCCCCUCACUGUGUGGCUAUGACAUGUGUGCUGCCAACACUGCACCUGUGUGCUGCCAGUUGAGUGGCCAUAUAUAUUUUUUUAAAAGGGCUCUCGUCUCGUCUCGUCGGACUGGCCGCACCGGCCCCUCCCAUCCACAGACCCCAACGAGGGAGCGAAACGAAACAAAACAAAACUUUAGAAUGUCUUCCAAAAUGAUGAUGUUGCGGGGAGGCAGGGAACAUGCUCUCCUCUCCAUUACAGGCCGGGGUCUGUGCUGCUGUUCUCAGCUCCUCACACGGGCAGCCCUGUGGAUUCGUGCAUUCCAGCUCUGGGAAAGGACUAAGAUUAGCAUUCUUAAACUGGGCAGGGGUGGGGGGACGAUGGGGGGCAGGUCCAUGAGGCAGGACUCUUGGAUUCUCCUGAAGAGGGGAACGGGGUAAAAGUUUCGAGGAUUGUAGUGGGAGGGAGGCCAGGUCCUGGGUACUUGAAAAGAGGAAUUCGUAGCUUUGAAUGAAUGGCGGCCUCUUGGGGGAAAGAUGACUCAUGGAAUCUGAGGGGAAGUGUUGGAGCAUUUCUGGAUUCUGUGGUGAGGGAGGGGAGCUCCCUUCCUUGAAGCAUGAGUUGGGUUCUGUUUCUCAAGUCAUUUUUGUGUUCUGGGGAGAGCCCAUCUUUGCGAUCCAAGACCUUGGGUUUUGGAUUGUGUGGAGAGAGGGGGGGGCUGUUAGUACACCAGGCCCGUCUUAUUGGUGGCCUCUGUGGCUGCCCCAUUGGCAAGAGUCUAUAGCCUUAUUCAGACAUUAUGUUCGACACUCACACAACCAGCGUACUGUGUAUACAGAUACAGAACUGUGCACAGCUACAGUUAUUCAGCUUGUGUUGAACACAAGUACAGCAGUCUGCACCAUGCAUUUGAGGGGCCUGUACCCAGCUUCAUAGUUUAAAUGAGCCUGGGUAUAGUCAUUCACACAAACAAUGUAUGAGUGUACAUACAUCUGUACACUCGUGCAACAUAAUGCCUGAAUAAGGCUCAAGCUGCAUACCUUCCAGACAUACAGCUGCUGAUUGCGGUUCUUCCAUACAGGAAAAUGAAGGUCUUUGGAUGAUUCGGGGAACAUGCCUGAGCUUGUCUCAUGGUACGGGGUUGUGAGUUCAAGCAACAGGUUACAGAAUCCCUGAAGGUUGUGGGUGGAGUGGUGCAGGGCAGGAUUCCGGAGUUUUCUAGAAGGGGGUCGAUGGGUAUUUAUUACACCCAAAUGAGGGAGGGUGGUUGCUACUAACUGAAGCCCUAAAAUUUGGGUGCAGAGAGGAAUCUUUAAGCAUUAGACCAAGGGGGAUUAGUAGCCAGCCCGGGGAUACUAAGUUCUCCAAAGGGACAUUUGGGCUUCCUGAUGGGGGAGGGAGAAGCAGGACUCCUGGGUUAUUUGAGGAAAUGAGGGUAAGGGAGGGUCUGUUGGGCUAGAGGAGUAAUACAUAAACUGACCAGAAUAAGACUGGGUUGUCUGGAGUUGGACUGGUCCUGGAAGGGUUGAGAACCGCAGCACUGAAUCCUCUUGCCUUAAUGUACUGAAAUGAACUGACAUAUGUAAUGUUGACUUUGUGAUUCAGGGAUCUGUUCCCUGGGAAUGAUUAUUGGGGGGGAGGGGGGAAUGGUAAUGCCUGCAUUUGACAGGGUUGUGUUUUGAUUUUUGUGGUUGCUGGGUGGGACAGGGCUACAGGGAAGGGGGUCGGUACACUCCCCUCCACCCCAUUUAAUCCUCCCCUGCGGUGUGGGUCUCCAAGUUUAUGAUCGCCCCUAGCACCCGGCCUUGUAGCACCCGGGUGUGAUGUAUAAUAGACUUCUUUCCCUUUCCUCUUUACCUCCUCCCCACCCUCCACCUGCACCCUGCACUUUUCUUGGAGAGAGCCCAGGAGUUCCCAUUCUGAGAUCCCAGUCUCCAGUCUAGAACCCUGCCUUGGCUAGAACCUAGAUUGGCUCCUAAGCCAAGAGGCAUGGCUUCUCCAUUCAUCCUUCUAGAAGCCAAACCUUUUCUGAAUUCAUUCUCAAGACCCCAUCUUGGGUCUGAAACCCUGCUCCAAAGUUCCAGCUUGGUUCCUGGCCCAAGAGGCCUUCACUCCCACGGCCCACCUCCCACACCAUCCUCUCGAGUCCUGCUGGGUGCAAAUCCCCCCUUGAAAGUCUAAUCUGGUUUCUAUGCUGGGAGGAUUUGGCUCCUAUCUCUCAUUCUGAAACACUACCCUAAGUCCCUACAUGCUGUAGAGUGCAGUGGUUCUAGAUCCUCCUGGAAUCCUUCAGCCUGGUGGUGUUUGGAUCCCUCACCCCACCUCUGUGCUGGGAAGACUGGCUCUCCCUGCCAUUUGAACUCAAAAACCCAGAAUGGCUCCUGAACCCAGGAAUCCUGGAUCUCGGCCUUUCCCCAUCCUCUGCCCCUGAAAGAAACUGUACCUCUAGGAAACCUCACCUGUGGGCAGAAACUCUGAGAUGAAUGUAAUUAAUCCUGUGCUGCCUAAGCCCAACCUAUGGCACUCAGGCGGGUCUGCGAAGUCACACACACACACACACACACACCUUAUAUCUUCCUCUACCGAACCCCCUGUCCUGGGCCGGAGGCCUUGUCUCUGCCUCCAAUGCCUGUGCAGAGCAACUAAUGUAAUUUACUGAUUUUAUUUGCAAAUAUAAACUCUAUGGGAUACAGAG